CGCUGAUUGGUCAAUUGGUGAUGCGGAGCCAUCAUGGCAGGGAAGAAGUUUCUUGGUUUGGCAGGCUCCCUUGGCUCAGUGCCAAUCAUCAUGUACAAGGUCCAUGCAGCAGAGGCAGAGAAAAAGCUUGUUAAACCAAGUGAGCUUCCUCUCUAUGAAAACCCUCACAAGCGAGUUGUGGAAUUCGUCCUCGACGAACCCAACACCUACACGUCGACCAUUUCAACCGUCAGACAGCAGACUUGCAAGGUGAUGACUUCGUUAAAAGACACGUCUGACAUACUGGCCGAGAAGUAUGGCAUAGCUAAGGCACACACUCUGGAUUUGGUAAAUUACAUCCAAGAUGACCCUGGAUACAUUCCUCGUGCAGCCGUUAUCACUGUUGCUGGUCUUGGUGGAAUCAUCGUUGGAUAUAAACGUGGUGUCUUGAGGAAAGCUUUUUAUGCAGUAUUUGGGAUGACUGCUGCUGGUGCCCUCUGUUACCCAAACCAGGCACUAGACAUUUCGCAACAAGCUUAUACUCGAGUGAAACAGCAGGCUCAAGAUUUAUGGGAACAGAAGCCUAGUUCGAAGAAAAAGAAAUUGGCCAAAACGACGCAAGUGGUCGAGACGAAAAAGGACGAAAAGCCAGUUGAUAGUUCACUUGUGGACAUGGGUCAGAGUAAACCUGAGGAUAAGGACAUGUACUCAACGAGAAGCUAACAAAUUGUGGAACAUUUCAGUAGACAGUGUGCUAGAUUCCUUAAAGGGUAAUGUCUGUGUAUCUGAAUGAGUAAAACUUAAGUCACUCCUGUACGGAUUUGUCGGCGGUGUGUGUCAAGAUCCUGAAGUCUCCGCCAGUCUGAUGGGGCUCCAAAUGGGUGAGCCUCGCAACAGUAUUUGCUUAUGGAGACCUGACACUGAUGUGUUUAAUGACGUUGCUUGAUUUGGAAAUACGUCUCAAAACUUUUGGCGGAUUCGUAGUACCCACGGAUUGGAACUUUGACGUUUGUCAAGCUAAGUGCAUCUUUAUUUCGAGUGAGUAUUUGAGCGUCUUACGGCAUAAUGAAGUUGCUGGUUGGACUUUCAAAGUCAAUCGCAUAGUACCAUGAAGUUGCAUGUCUGGCAUCUGCGACCGACUUGUCCUGAUGUCAAAGCGGAAUCCAGGUUUUUCUCUGGUUUGCCACGAACUUGGAGUGCCUGGAUACAAGAAGUAUGUACAGGGUGUAAAAAUAUGUGCUUGGUAGUUUUAGAGUUGAAAUAAAUCGCUCUCUUUUCUGUGGCAACAAUAGGGGUUAACAAGUCCAAAGCUAUUUGAUGUGAAUACUAUAUUACUUCUCAUGUUGAUAAGUUGAAAUCCUUUAAAAAAGAACGUUUUGUAGAAAUAUCUAACUUUGAAACUACCAGGAAUAUUUUCUGCACCAUAUAUAAAACAUAGUCUUGGUGUGGAAACCAGUUUUUGCACACCAUGACCAUGAACGCACUCUUUGAAAAUUCUAUUAUCAAUAAAUAACAAUGAUACU